GGAAGUGUGUUUGUCGGACUCAUCUUGAUGACGCAUCUAGAUGGACCACUACUGAAACUUGACAGCUGAACAAGAAAUGCUCCUAAAAUGAGCUCAUUAGCAACAUAACAGACAUUUCAAACGUUUCAAGGCUGAUUUUUUUCAGUACCAACAUGAACUGAAACUGUCCUCGACCCCGCUACGCCUUUGCGCUCAGUUUCUUCUGCGGAUUACAGGCUGUUUUUACAGAUAACAUCAUGUCGUUUGUGGUGGACUCAGUCAUCAUGUUCACCUCGCAGGUGCUGUUCUUUGGAUUUGGCUGGUUAUUCUUUAUGCGGCAGCUGUUUAAAGAUUAUGAGGUGCGACAGUACGUUGUCCAGGUGGUUUUCUCUGUCACUUUUGCUUUUUCGUGUACCAUGUUUGAGCUGAUCAUCUUUGAGAUCCUGGGUGCCUUAAGUAGCAGCUCUCGGUACUUUCACUGGAAGCUGAAUCUGUAUGUGAUACUGCUGGUCCUAAUCUUUGUGGUGCCUUUCUACAUCGGCUACUUUGUUGUCAGCAACAUACGCCUGUUGCAGAGACAGAAGCUUCUGUUCGCUUGUAUGGUGUGGUUUACCUUUAUGUAUUUCUUCUGGAAGUUGGGAGACCCGUUCCCCAUUCUGAGCCCAAAACAUGGCAUCCUGUCCAUUGAGCAGCUAAUCAGUCGUGUUGGUGUGAUCGGAGUCACCCUGAUGGCUCUGUUGUCCGGAUUUGGUGCGGUGAACUGUCCCUACACAUACAUGUCCUAUUUCCUCAGAAAUGUAACAGACAGCGACAUCCUCGCUCUGGAGAGGCGGCUGCUCCAGACUAUGGACAUGAUUGUCAGCAAGAAGAAACGGAUUGCGAUGACACGGAGGCAGAUGUACCAGCGUGGGGAAGACCAGAACAAACAGACAGGAUUCUGGGGGAUGAUCAAGAGUGUUACCUCAACACAAACAGGCAGCGAAAACCUAUCUCUGAUCCAGCAGGAGAUUGAUGCUCUCGAGGAGCUGAGUCGGCAACUCUUUCUUGAGACUGUGGACCUGCAAGCCACAAAGGAGCGAAUUGAGUACUCAAAGACAUUCCAGGGGAAAUACUUCAACUUCCUCGGCUACUUCUUUUCCAUCUAUUGUGUUUGGAAAAUUUUCAUGGCCACAAUAAACAUUGUGUUCGAUCGAGUUGGAAAGACGGAUCCAGUGACGAGGGGGAUUGAAAUUACAGUGAACUACUUGGGGAUCCAGUUUGAUGUGAAGUUUUGGUCCCAACACAUUUCUUUCAUCUUAGUGGGAAUAAUAAUCGUUACAUCCAUCCGUGGCUUACUCAUCACCCUCACCAAGUUCUUCUAUGCAAUAUCAAGCAGCAAAUCCUCCAAUGUGAUCGUGCUUGUCCUCGCUCAGAUCAUGGGGAUGUAUUUUGUGUCCUCCGUGUUGCUGAUGCGUAUGAGCAUGCCGCUGGAGUAUCGCUCCAUUGUGACAGAGGUUCUGGGAGAACUGCAGUUCAACUUCUACCAUCGAUGGUUUGACGUCAUCUUCUUGGUCAGUGCCUUGUCCAGCAUCCUCUUCCUUUAUCUCGCCCACAAGCAGGCUCCAGAGAAACACAUGACCCUCUGAUCCUCUACAUCUCCUUCCACCUGGAUGUGACUCCUGACCCCUGGGUGGCUUUGAAUCUGGAAUUUAGGGAUAUCCAGAAUUUUUUUUAUAUGGGACAUAAUUGUGUGGACUGCCUGUUCCUGAAUCAGGAAUGGCCGAUUGAGAGAUGCAAGUGAUGGGGAACUAUUGGAGCACAACUUUGAAUGUGGAAUUUCUUGAAUUUAGGUAUUUACAGAUCAAACGAUAAUAUUAGGAAUUUAUUUUUUACUUGCAAAUUCAAUCAUUUUGCACUCUUUGUUCUUAAGUUUUCAUUAUUUUGGCCAAAGUGAUAUGUUCCUUUCUUUUGUCUGAACACACUGGAGCUGUACUGUUCGCGGCACAUCACUGCUUUACUCCCACUGAGGUGUAAAUGGACUAAAUGAAGGAAAGAUCAAGAUGUCACACAUGAUCUCCAUCCUGAAGCAAAAUAUGUUGAUUGGGAACAAAAACAAAUACCCAUAAAGGAAGCUUUAUUCUGA